AUGGCUAAAAGAUACCCAGAGGAGCACCCAAGCAAAGGAAGGCUUAUUAUCCUAUCAGUAGUAGCCUAUGGCUAUGCGGAUAAAUUAGAUAGGACGUAUCUCCCACCGCCCAGUGCUGGCACAGCUGGUGGUAGCCCUGGAUCUCUAAUUGCUCCAGGAGCUCCAACUACUUUUGGUCAAGGAUUCCCAUCAUCGUCAGGCUCGUUGUCUGGUUCAUCUAAUUUUGGAGCAUCUGGUUUUAAUCAAGGAAGUACUAAUGGACCAGUUAAAAGUGGACCCGGUUUUGAAUCAUCAGGAUUUGCUCAGGCUUCAGGUGCUAGUAGCUUUGGUUCUAAUAUAGGUCAAAGUACUUCUUCUUCCGGACAACAACCUGGAUUUACUGGACUUAGUGGAACCCAAAGUUUCGCCCAAGGCGGCAGUGAAGGUAUUCAGAAUAAACCUGGAUUAGGACAGCAGUCUAGUUUUGGUCCAUCUGGUUCUGCCAAUUUCCAGGGAAAUGGAUUUGGUUCUAUUAAAGGAUCUAUAGCACCAUCAUUCGGACCAGUAUCUGGGGCUUCUGGAUCCAAUGGAUUUGAAUCUUCUCAAGUAGGAUUUAGCUCAGGACAAGCAAACGCAUACUCAGCUCCUCGACCAGAUCGUCCCCAAGCAGCCGCAGACAGGAACGCUGAAAUAUUGAAAUAUAUAAAUGAAAACGAUGGUGAAUCUUACAACUAUAGUUAUGAAACUUCUAAUGGUAUAUCGGCUGAAGAAACUGGUGUCGCUACAAAUGGUGUAAAAGCUCAGGGUGGAUUUGCUUAUACGGGUGACGAUGGCAAUAGAUAUUCACUAACUUACACCGCUGAUGAAAACGGUUUCCAACCACAGGGCGAGCAUUUACCUACGCCUCAUCCUAUUCCUGAGGAAAUCUUAAAAUCGAUUGAAAAAAAUGCAAAAGCAGCUGCAGCUGGUACUCAAGAAGGUGCGUAUAGACCUGAAGAAUAUGAAUCUGGAAAUUCUGCACAGCAAUACAACGCGGGAGUAUCACCUUAUAGCCGACCACAAGGCCAGAACGUUAAUUCUCUUCAAGGCCAAGGAGUUAACCAGCCUCAGAGUAAUCAAUACCCAACAAGCCAAGAUAUUUCUGGUAAAGGGCAAUUAAGUGGUCCAUCUGGCUCAUAUAGUCAGACACAAUCGAAUCAAGCGAAUAACCAAUUUUCUUCUGGAACAAAUGGCAUUAAGGGGCAAAAUGGUCAAUUUCAACAAGGUUUUGCAAGUAACAGUCAAGGUGUAGCUCAAGGUUCAUCAGGACAAAACUUUGCUCAAAAUGUGCAAGGAGCUCAAAACAACGGGUAUCAAUAUAAUCAACCUCAAAAUGGAUUUGGCUCUUCAGCUGGUCAACGUCCGUCAGCACAAAAUGGUCCACAAAUAAAUGCUCAAAAUCCAACUAGCUAUACAUCAAGUUCAGCACAAGUUUCUGGAACAAAUGACCAAGGUAUUUUAGGAUCAUCUUUAAACCGCCCCAAUGUUGGUACAUCAUACCAGGGUAAUCAAAUUCAGAUUGGAUUAGGCAAUGGGUCUCCACAGCCUUCAUUUGGAUCUAAUCAGCCAUCAAUUGGAUCUAAUCAGCCAUCAAUUGGAUCUAAUCAGCCAUCAUUUGGAUCUAAUCAGCCAUCAAUUCGAUCUAAUCAGCCAUCAUAUGGAUCUAAUCAGCCAUCACUUGGAUCUAGCCAAUCUCUAUCUGGAGCUGCUAGUAUUUCCAAACAAGGACAACAACCAACAUUUGGGUCUAAGCAGCUAUCAUUUGGAUCUGCAGAAACGUCUAAGCCAGGGCAACAGCCUUCAUUUGGUUCUAGCCAAUCUUCAUUUGGCCCUGCUGGAAUUCCCAAAGAAGGAGAACAAUCAUCAUUUGGGUCGAAUCAGCCAUCAUUUGGAUCCGCAGGAAAUUCUAAACAAGGACAACAGACUGCAUUCGGAUCAAGCCAAUCUUCAUUUGGAUCUAAUCAGCCCUCAUUUGCAUCCAGCCAGUCUUCAGAAUCUCAACAACAGACAUUUGGUUCUGCAGGCUCGUCUAAUCAAGGUUAUCAAUAUGGAUUAAAUGCUAAUCAACCUGCAUUUAACUCUGGCAAUGAAUUUAGACAGGGUUCUCAGUUUGGUAACAACAAGCAGUCUAGUUCUGGUAUAGGUUCUGGUCAGGGAUUACCGUUUUCUCCUGAAGCUCAAGGUGGAUCUUUAAAUGCAGCUCGUCCUCAAUAUCAACAAAAUGGAAAACAAUCUUCAUUCGGAUCUAAUACUCCAAGCCAAGGUUCACAAUUUGGACCGAACGGUCAAUUCGGGCUAAGUGCUACAGGUACGUCUCCAUCCAGAGGUUCUCAACCAAAUCAACAACCUCAAUAUAACCAGCCUGGUCAGCAAUCUACGUUCGCUCCUUCUGGGCCUCAAUCAAAUGGAGGACUUAGCUCAGGAGUAAGUGGCUCUGAAUUUGGUGGUCCUCGACAACCCCCAAGCUUCAGUCCGCAGGAAGGUUACAAGUAU